AUGCCCAAGACACAGCCCAACCUGUUCGCCUUCUCCGGCGUCGACGCCCUUGCGCGCGCCCUCCGCUCCUACAUCAUCGAGACCCAAAAGGCCGGCAUCGACCGCCACGACUCCUUCAAGGUCGCCGUGUCUGGUGGCUCGCUGCCCAAGACCCUCGCAGCCGCUCUCCUCGCUCCCUCCUCUGGCCCCAACGACGUGGUCGAGUGGACCAAGUGGGAGAUCUUCUUUGCCGACGAGCGCGCCGUCCCCCUCGACCACGCCGACUCCAACUACGCCCUGCUCAAGAGUGAGCUCCUCGACAAGCUCCCCGCCGACCAGCAGCCCUCUGUCAAGCCCAUUGACGUUACACACCUCGACGAUAUCCAGGAGCUUGCCGAUCAGUACGAGAAGACCCUCGUGGCUAGCUUCGCUUCCCGCGACUCUGUCCGCUUGCCCAUCUUCGAUCUUCUCCUCCUUGGCUGCGGCCCCGACGGCCACACCUGCUCGCUCUUCCCCAACCACGCCCUGCUCCGCGAGACCGAUGCUUGGGUUGCCCCUAUUGAGGACUCGCCUAAGCCUCCUCCUAGACGCAUCACUCUGACCCUUCCUGUCGUUACUCACGCUGUCCGCAUUGCCUUUGUGGCUACUGGCGGUGGCAAGAAGGAGAUUAUGAAGGAGAUCUUCGACUCUUCCUCUGGCCUGCCCUGCACUCUUGUCAACGAGGCUGCUGGCGAGCGAUGCAGCUGGUUUGUCGAUGAGCCUGCCGUUGACGGUGUUAGCUUCCCUCGCCGUUCUUUCUUGUAA